UUCACUCUCUUAAAAUCAAAAAUCUUGUUUGAGAUUUUCGGAUUUUCACUCUCGUAGUUAGCCAUGGAAGUCUCAAAUCACACCAGAAAACGAAAAUCAAUCUCCGCCGGCAACAACUCUCCGCCUUCACUUCCUCCGGCCUAUCGAACCUCAGACGGAUUCUCACCCAACACCGUAGAUCUCUCCCUCCUCGAAGAGCUCGAGAAAUCCUCCCACCACCAAGUCGAAUCCGUCGAUCUCAAAACCCUAAAAAAGCUAGUCCUCUCCUUCGAGCGCCGCCUCCGAGACAACAUCGCCGCGCGUCUCAAGUACGUCGAGAAUCCCGAGAAGUUCGCCGACUCCGAGGUCGACCUCCACGACGAGCUCCAAAAGCUCAAAAUCCUCGCCGGAGCUCCGGAGCUUUACCCUGAGCUCGUCGCCUCCAACACCAUCCCCUCCGUCGUGAACCUCCUCUCCCACGAGAACGCGGAUAUCGCCAACGACGUCGUCCAGCUCCUCCAGGAUCUGACGGACGAGGACGCGCUGGAGGAUAACGACGAGCCGGCGCGCGUGCUUGUCGACGCGCUCGUUGAGAAUAACGUGUUGGAGCUUUUGGUUCAGAACAUGAAUCGGUUGAAUGAGGCGGAUGCUGACGAGGCCGCGGCGUUGUACGCGACGUUGACGGUUAUUGAGAAUCUUGUGGAGGUGAAGCCUUCUGUUGCGGAGAUUGUGUGUGAGAGGACGAAGCUGUUACGUUGGCUUGUUUUGAAGAUUAAAGUUAGAGACUUUGAAGGGAUUAAGCAGUAUGCUUCCGAGAUUUUGGCUAUUCUGUUGCAGAAUAGUACGGCGAAUCAGAGACGGUUAGGGCAGAUGAAUGGGGUGGAUGCUGUGUUGGAAGGUGUGGCGAUGUAUAAGUCGAGGGAUCCUAAGACUCCUGAUGAGGAAGAGAUGUUGGAGAAUUUGUUUGAUUGUUUGUGCUGUUUGUUGAUGCCGUUGGAGAAUAAGGAGAGGUUUGUGAAUGCUGAGGGAGUUGAGUUGAUGAUUAUUAUUAUGAAGCAGAAGAAGUAUGCUUACGGGUCUGCGAUUAGGGCGCUUGAUUUUGCUAUGACUAACUAUCCACCUGCUUGUGAGAGGUUUGUGGAUGUUAUGGGGUUGAAAACAGCUUUUGCUGCUUUCAUGGGUAAGAUUCCGUUAAACAAGAGUAUUAAGAGGGAGCGUUAUAAGGAGGAGCUAGAGGAGCGGGUUAUUUCACUGGUUGCGUCAUUAUUUGCUGGGAUUUUAAGGGGUUCUAGGAGAGACCGUUUGUUAAGCAAGUUCGUUGAGAAUGAGUAUGAGAAGAUUGACCGCCUUAUGGAACUAUACAUAAGAUACUCUGAUAGGGUUAGAUCGGAGGCCGAGAGGUUUGACCAACUUGAGCUUGAUGACCUUGAGCUGGAUGAAGAUGAAAAAUAUAACCGGAAGCUAGAAUCAGGCCUCUACAGUCUCCAGCUUAUUGCUGUUAUUCUGGGCCAUAUUUGGUGUUCUGAGCAUUCUGGAAUGAGAGCGCGGAUCGAGCUGCUGUUGAAGCAACAAAAGCUAAGUAAAAACGACGUCAAGGAGAUACUUCAGGAAUAUCAUGACAACCUCGGAGAUGUUGAAGGAGCUGAGGAAAAGGAACGAGGACAGGCGAGAAUCCAGAUGUUCAUAUCUGCAAUGGAGUCAGAGAAGGAAAGAUGAUGGGAAAAUCCCCAGAUAGCUUCUCGUAUCAGACAGAUUCCUACGAGACUUCAUGUUUUUUUGUUUCUCAAGAGGAUUUGACAAGUGCAAAAAGUUUAUAUUAUUUGGUCAGAGUACAUGACUGUCUUUGGGAUUUUAGUGUAUUUGUAACCCUUUGAUACAACAAAUUUUUUUUACUCUGAAUCAUUCGACUUUCAUGUUUACAAACGUAUGCUGUCAGUGUGAACCUCGUUUAAUUAGCUAUAUUACUU